GGCUGUCCUGAGGAAGGCCUCGGCUCUGGAGUACAAAAUACAGCGGAGAGCACUUCAGAAGGAGGAUUUUAUUAAUUAUAUUCAGUAUGAAAUUAAUCUGCUAGAACUGAUCAAGAAAAGAAGAGCACGCAUUGGAUAUUCAUUUAAGAAGGAUGAAAUUGAGAACUCUAUUCUGCAUAGGGUCCAUAGUCUCUUCAACCGUGCUACAGGAAAAUGGAAAGAAGAUGUCCAGCUUUGGCUUUCACACGUUGCAUUUUGCAAGCAGUGGAAUGCAAAACAUCAGCUUAGUAAGGUGUUUUCUUCCAUGUUGGCCAUUCAUCCCAAUAAACCAGCACUGUGGAUUAUGGCAGCAAAAUGGGAAAUGGAGACGCAACUCUCAUCAGAAAGUGCUAGGCACUUGUUCCUUCGUGCUUUGCGCUUCCAUCCAGAGUGCCCAAAACUUUAUCAAGAAUAUUUCAGAAUGGAGCUGAUGCAUGCUGAAAAACAGAGGAAGGAAAAGAAAGCAUUUGAACAAGCAAAGAUGGACUUGGGGGAAUUCAAUUAUUCUGAAGAGAUUCUCAAUGGGGAGAUGGCUCGCAUAAUCUACAGGGAUGCUGCCCAGAAAAUUAAAGGUGUUGAGUUCCAUCUGGCUGUGCUUUCUAUUGCAAAGCUCUUUGAUUUUACCCAAGAAUUGCAAAGAGAAAUUCUUGAAAGUUUGCAGACCAAGUAUGCUGAUGAUCCUCUUACAUGGGACUACAUGGCCCGUCGUGAGCUGGAGCUGGGGUCCCUGCAGUCAACAGAACGCAGCACAAAACAGAUGAAAGUAUCUGAAAUGACCCAGAGAGAGGAACGGUGCUGUGCCGUCUUUGAAGAGGCUGUGAGAGCAGUCCCAACAGAGGACAUGUGGAAAUGCUACAUCACGUUUUGCUUAGAGAGAUAUAACAGGAAAACCAACAGCAAAGAAUUAAAGCAAAAG